CUCCAACUCUCUCAGCGAAAGGUGUAUCAGUCAAACUUGUAGACCAGGGAACUAGUGAAAACUGUAUGGAAGGAUACACGUUUGUGUUGGACUCGAUAAACAGUUAUAAAUACCGGAAUCAGUUGCGAUCCCUCUUAGAACUAACUGGAGCAAAGAUUCUUUCCAUUGAAGGGUUUAGUUCAAGCAGUCAAGAAUCGAAGCAUGAAGAGAACAAUUAUGUUGUUUGUGUCAUCCCUGGAGGGUCACCCUACAAAUUUGAUUGCUUCAAUAAACUCAAAGUAUCUAGUGUGAAGGAAAUAGACUUGAUGCGUGCCAUUUUAACUGGGACGUUGGAUCGAUCCAUUUUGAUAUCACCUUGUGCUGAUCAAAUGCUUCCAAAAGUCAAUGGCCUUGGGUUUCUUGUUGGUAGAGAGUAGAAUGCUCUCAAACUAAGCUAAAUCUGAUGUGUCUAAUUUAAUGCGGUAUAGAAAGUGGUAA